UUGGAAAAGGAAACGAAAAAAAAAAAGAAAAGGAAAGCGAAAACCCUACUGAGGUUUUAUUCCUUUGUCUGGUCAGAUUUGUUUCUCACAAACAUCAUUACCCAAACUCUCAUUGUCAGCUCUGCGAAGUUCUUAGCUUCUCUUCUUAAUUUUCCGCUGACAAAAGCUGUACCUCAAUCUAUAAGUGGUUCCGUUAAUCUCAAGAUGUUACCAACUGAGUCAAAGAAAGCCUUGUCUUUCAAGAGGUAUAUUGAAGAUGGCGACUUAGUUAUCGUUUACGAAAGACAUGAUGUGAUGAAGCCUGUGAAAGUAAGCAAAGACGCUGUGCUUCAGAACCGUUUUGGUGUGUAUAAGCACUCGGAUUGGAUUGGGAAGCCAUUAGGGGCGAAAGUAUUCAGCAACAAGGGUAAAUUUGUAUACCUCUUGGCUCCUACUCCUGAGCUAUGGACAUUGGUUUUAAGCCACAGGACUCAGAUUCUUUACAUUGCGGAUAUCAGCUUUGUGGUGAUGUAUCUAGAAGUUGUGCCUGGCUGUGUUGUUCUUGAGUCGGGCACCGGAAGUGGUUCGCUUUCGACUUCACUUGCUCGAGCUGUGGCUCCAACUGGACAUGUGUAUUCAUUUGAUUUCCACGAGCAACGAGCUGUCUCUGCAAGGGAAGAUUUUGAGAAGACAGGAAUUAGUAGUUUAGUAACCGUAGAGGUCAGAGAUAUUCAAGGAGAAGGUUUUCCUGAGAAAUUGUCAGGUUUGGCUGAUUCGGUGUUCCUAGAUCUUCCACAGCCUUGGCUAGCGGUUCCUUCUGCAGCAAAGAUGUUAAAGCAAGAUGGAGUUCUCUGCUCUUUUUCACCUUGCAUCGAGCAAGUACAACGGACUUGUGAGGUCCUCAGAUCAGAUUUCAUAGAUAUAAGAACUUUCGAGGUGCUUCUCAGAACAUAUGAAGUGAAGGAAGUGAAAGUGGAUACUAGUAGUAUGGCUGAUCAGAGCCUCGAGGAGGACGAUGGAGGACUGAGACCUUGCAAGAGAAAACACCGUUCAAAUGAAGAAGACGACACGGUGUCACAUGACAAGUCUUCUAAUGCUACUUCUUCAGUCGUCAUGGCUCGGCCUUGUAGCGAGGCAAGAGGUCACACCGGCUACUUAACCUUUGCAAGACUCCAAUGUCUAGCUUAGUCCAAAUUCUCCACCAAUGGAUUAAUAAUCUCAAAAGUUAUCAUGUAUUAUUAUAAAUUACAUGAUUUUGUCUUAUUACGCUUUUUUGUUAGAAAACAAAAAUUGCUGUUAAUUUGUUUGUUUUAAUACAAAGUUUUUAAUUUGGUGAU